GUCAUCUAACGAUAGUCAAAAUAUUGCAAAGAUAACCUAUAUGAUAUGUUCAUCUUUGUGUCGUGUUUAUCUCUAAAAUACGUAUCAAAUAACAAUUAGUCAAUAUGAUUAUCAUUUAUGAGAUGAAUUAAAUUCUACUAGUAAAAGUUACAAUAAUUAUAAUACAAAUAUGGACUCGCACUUCUACUCUGUAUUAUGCCCAAUAUCGUGGAUCCCGUUGAUUCAUUUUACUGUCUGGCAUCAGCCCCAACUCUUAUGAUAUCGUUUCAUCUAAUUGUGCUUUACGUUGUGGACCAAGUACAACCAGAAGCGGAGUUCUAUUACCUUGUUAUACAGUUAUUCGUAACAACAAUCGCAUUACUGAACCUUAUAUUUGUCGGAAGAUUGAUUGGAGCUAUUUAUGGACUGUUUUACGUUGACUUAAUAAUUGCAUUUAUCAUGGAUUUGAACUAUAUACGGAAACAACGUGGUUUUAGAUAUUGAUAAAAAAUAAUAAUCAAAUGGAGUUCAUUUGAAACUCAAAUGCGAGAUAGUGAAGAGGAAAUUGCCUUAUCAAAAUACAGUACAAUUAAGAGAUAGUUUGAACAAUGUACUCCCAUGAUAACAAUAAUAAAACAUACUACAUACUUCAUAUAAUGAAUCAUGUUAAGAUAUUUUCGAAAAUAUUAGUCAAAAUACGUAGAAUAACAUUAUUUCAAUUAUUAUGGAUUAUUUUGGUGAUAAUUAUAUUUACAUUAUGGAUGUGGAAUAGUGAAACUGUGGAAGAGAAUAAACACAAUCCCGUGAUACUUUGGUGGACUGCAAGUUUUCCUGGCACAUCAGAAACAAGAUAUUGCUCCAAUGAUAUAAAAUGUGAUGUUUUUAGUAACAGAAACAUAAGUGAUUUAUACAAUGUUGAAGCAAAUUUGUUUUAUGCCAGUAAUAUUAAAUUUGAUGAUUUACCUUUACCUCGACGUCCCAAAGAGGUUAUAUGGGGACUUUACCAUGAGGAAUCACCGAGAAAUGUUGAAGAGAUGAUGCAUGAAGAUGUUCUAAGUUUAUUUAACUACUCAUCGACAUUUAGUCGUUUCAGUGAUGUUCCGUUUCCAUUACAAUAUUUAAAUUCGUUUGAAGAUAUAAAUAAUAUGAAAUAUUUUGUACCAACAUUGGAAAAAAAUAAGUAUUUAAAUGAGAUUUCUCCAGUGAUGUACCUUCAAUCAGAUUGUGAAACAUCAACUGAAAGAGAUAUUUAUGUUAAGGAGUUAAUGAAAUAUAUAAAUAUCGACUCGUAUGGUAUUUGUUUGAAUAAUAAAAAACUUCCAAAUAAAUUCACAGAAGACUAUUUGAAUAAAUUACAUGAUGAUGAUUUCUUACAUUUUAUUGCGAGAUAUAAAUUUGUUAUUGCCAUAGAAAAUGGUAUAUGUUAUGAUUAUGUGACGGAGAAAUUUUGGCGGGCUAUCAAAGUUGGUACGGUACCGAUUUACUUUGGUUCCCCAUUGAUUAAGGAUUGGUAUCCUAAUAAUAAAUCAGCUAUACUUUUAAAAGACUACCCUACACCAAAAAUGAUGAGUAAUUACAUCACUAAACUGAUGAAUGAUGAUACGUUAUAUGAAUCAUACUUGGAACAUAAAAUCAAAAGGCUUGUAACUAAUGCAAAACUUUUGGAUGAGAUAAAAACUAGACCAUAUCAAAUAGACGCUUUAAAAAGUGCAACAGAAUUCGAAUGUUACGUGUGUGAAAAGUUACAUGAAAGACGAAAUGGUAAAUUUGAACAAAGUAUUGUAAAUAAAAACCAUUACGAUUGUCCCAAACCAUUAUCGGCACUUACUUUGGAAGUGAAUCCUUUGAAUUCUUGGGCGUAUUCAUUUGAGACUGCAAAGCAGAACGCAGCUUCGAUACGCAAAAAAAUCAUGACUGUCGAUUAGAUAUAUACAUUUUAUUUUUAAUAUAUUUUUUUUUACAAUUUUUUAUUGCUUUGUUUGUUUACAAUUCCUCAUUGGCAC